GUUCAGGAAAUAACAAAAACAAGAAAUAAGCAGCACUCGCUGGUGUUUAAUCCGAAUAUUUGGUGGGUUAAAGAAGUUAAACCGUGUUCUCUGACAGAAAGGCUCUUUUUUUUCUUCAUGACAGUGUUAUACAGCUUCACACGGUGCAUUAGCUGUUGUAUAUUUUUCCAGCUCCCUUUGUUUUGAGUUUAUGGCAGAUUUUGUCAGACAGUGCCAGAAAUAUAUCACUGCAGAUGCCGUUAAUGCUUUUGUCCGUAAAAUGGAUUUUAAAUAAAGGGCGUAUUGAAAUGCUUUCACAAAAGCUCUCUUUCCCAACAUGGAGUGCUCAAGGGAUUCUCCUGAUGACCAUGCGUGUGUGGAAUUGUUGGUCCCAUGUGCUUCCCAAGAGCUGGAUGAUGAACAGUUUCUAAAAGAAACAGAACAGAUACUCAAAUUCAGUAACCACAGAUCUGAACAUCAGCUGAAGGGAUUUCAAGCCAAAAUGACCCAACCUUGUGCAGGGGAUUGUUCACUCAGCCCUCUAGGAUGCCGGCAAUGUUUCAACCUCAGAAUGGACAACAUGAAGCUUAUUACCACAGGACAUCAGGAAGUCAUGGGUUUUUUAAGAGCAAUGCAACAGUUCCUGCGGUCUGACAAAGUGGGAAAGGAGGAGUUGACGCUUCAACUGUUGCUCAAUGUGUCGGCCCAGUGUGGUGUCCGCUUUCCUUGUAUCCCGACCUCCUUUUCGUCUUUCUCUUCUCUUCCUCCUCAUCAGAGUGUUUCAUCCAAUCACUUGAUACAUGCAGUAAAAGAUGACUCUUCUUUAGAGUUCCAGGAGGCGUGGGAUGAUGUGCGUUUCCAGCUGCGCCGCCACCUGCUGGAUAGGCUGUCUUCUUACAGCCCUUGUCCUGGACAUAUUUCCACCCUGUCCAUUCCUGAAAGAGUCUACUGUCUACAACAGCUGUGCUUUCUUUAUCCUGAGUCUCAGGUUGUCACAUAUUACCAGGGCCGGAGAACCCAGACAGUACUGGCUCUUCUACACUCAGCACUGAGCCCCAGCCUAGAUGGUGAGACUGGCGUUGACAGAUUGGUAAUGGGCUUCUGCUCUGUGAUCCCUCAUCUGACCCGGUCCUUCAGAGAAGACCUUGAUGUUCUUGCACGUAUAACAGAGACACAUAACAUCCUGGGCUUUCUUAAUGAAGCAUACCUCAACACAGUGGCCCGGGAACUGAGCUCUGCCAUUGAGAGGGAAUGUGAAAGGGCCCUGAAGGACAGCACCACAUUCAUAAAAAAGAUCAGAAAAUACUCUGCCAGGUCGAAGACAACCGUUGCGCCAUUGGAGCUUCUAGUGAACAGCGGGACCUUCAGUUUGACAUCCAGCCAGUUGGAGGCGUUUAUGAAGCUGAUAUGCAUCCUUCUGGAAUUUGAGAACAAUGUGAAGGAGUUGUUCACUGACAUGACCUGCAAAAACUGCACCGGAGACAAAGGGAUCACGGAAGAUACAGCAGAUGGUGAGAAAUCCAGAAGUCAUGUGCUCCUUCACACAGCAGAGGCACAGGACUUGGAGUUUGAUUGGAGGUUAGCCUUUAGGGGCUUGGCUCCUCAGAUGGCACAUUGGGUUAAAGUGGUGCUGGAUGAUGUUUGUGCCAAGAAUCUACAAGAGGAAGAGACUUUACGUGCCUCAGGACACACCUUUGUCACUCUGAGCCACACGACUGGACACACCACCCUCGCCAUUCCUGUUAGCAACGCAUAUCUCAGAGAACACUUCUUGUGCAGCUACUCUGAGAGGGAGAUUCCUAAAAUGAUAGCCAAGUUUUGUGAUGUCAUUAUGGCUGAGCUGGACGCGUUAUUACCUUUAGCAGUAGCCUGCAGGCACACUUCUUUGCUCGAAGUCCAGUCCAGCUAUGUGGAGGCAUGUGGCAGUGCAGUUUUUGCCAUACUGGACCGUGUGCAGCAAAGAGCCCUGGAGAUACCAUCCUCUGCACCCCUGAAAAACCUGCCUGCUCUACUGGCCACUAGCAUUCAUGUGUACCAACGAUUGAAGCACUACAAUGCUAGACUUAAGGAUUCAGCUAUAACAUCAGUCAAAGUACCCCUGACAUUGCUGCUGAUCCAGAAGUGCAGUGAUAUAGUGGAGGCCUUGAAAGACCAGCUGACCAGCUACUGUGUCCAGGUUUGUUCCAUCUCCAUUCUUCAGGAUGCAGAGAGCCACAAUUGGGCUGAUACCAAGCCUUUCUAUGAGGGUGAGCGCUGCUCCUUCUCAGUGCAGAUGUGGUUCUACUUCCUGUGUGGGCUCCGUAGAGACCUGUGGGCAGUCCUUCCGCCAGAUUUGGCCAAAGACAUGCUUGGCCAGGUGCUGUUAGAGACCCUACAACUGCUGGUGCAAAGAUAUGAAAGAGCCCGUCCUUCAUACAAGAGGCAUUUGCAGAUCAGGAGUGACAUUACAGCAGUUCUGCUGUAUGUGGAGAAUCUUAUGUGGAGUAUAUGCGACCAUCCCGAGGCCUUGAUGCACUUUGAGCCUGCUUCAGGAAUGCCUGCAGUUGUGGGUGGAUCAAAAAGGAUGUGCCAAAUUCACUGCCUGUGUAACCAACUACUAAUCGUCAUGGUCAUUAUAACAGCACCCUUGUCUUUGCUUUAUAGGACGUUUGUGGUUAAUUCUGUGAAAGAGGCCACAUCACGCCAGCCUGACAGCACUAUUAAACACUGGCUGAAUGCUAUCAACCCUUAUCUGUUCACAGAGCACGUCAUACGAGAUGGCCUUACAGGUCAAGCAGCCUCUGUAUGUCAGCUGAGACUGCUGACCUCUGACGCGGGAAGCAUUUCCACAUUACUUUUGCGGCUGCUCCUAGACAGAGACUGUCACCUGCCCAGAAUGCUUCUGGAAAACUCCCGUUAUUGCAAGGAGAGCAAUUUAGAAAUGUCUACAGAACUUUUAAAGGGAGAUGAUGACUUCAUAAUUGCAUUGUUCAAUGUUUUCAGUCAUCUGAACAGUGUUCCAAAAGCCCUGACUGAGGCCCUUCAACCAUACCUGGACAGCGCACAUGUAUGGCAACAUUUUUACACAUUGUCAGACACAACACAGGCAGUGCCUGCAGUGAUCAGAUGUGUCCGGGCUAUAGUAGUCACAGCAACAAACAGCCUGUUGGUACACCUGGUUUCUAUGGUAAUGAGUUUGAAGGCUACAGAGCCCAGAGGAGUCUUGUUCAGGCAAGAUGUACCAGAGAGCGUCCUUGACAAAGUGCCCAAAGAGUGGAACUACACACCACCGAAGGAACAAGGAAGAGAUAAUAAAAAUGACAUAUCUCUGGCCAUUCAAGCGUUGUUAUUCAUUUUCACCAACCUACCGUUGGCUGUAGAGAUGUUACCUCUUCCCAUACGUUUCCUGUUCCAAGAGGCAGAGAAGCACCUUUCCCAGCAUGACCAGCAGCUGCGCUUCCGGGGUCUCUUACUCUGGGCCUUGCUGGGCUGCCUGAUCCAGAGCCUGGAGGACCCAGACACACUGGAGCAGAUCAGUGGCUUUGCCCCUGACUGCGAUGCCAAGGACCGACUGGCUUUGUUGGCUGACUGCCUCCAGACUGCCAUGGACAUCCAGCAGAAACGUAUUCCAAAACCCACAGUGCACGAGGUCCUGCAGGCUCUGGAGAAAAAAAGGCCAAAAUGCAUGGACACACAGCUGCAGAAGGCCCGCAAACUCUGUGUGGAAAGUGUGUUUGAGCAAGAAGGGGAAAGCAGAGUCGCUGCAGCUGAACUGACUGAGCAGAAAAUAAGCUUGAUGCUGCUGGAGGUCUGCCACAAAGCAGGUGGCAGCGACUACCUGAGGCAGAUCUAUCACAUCAUCCAAGGCAAUGAGCAACUGUUGAUGUCAAAACUGUGUGGAAGUGCACAAUCACCCAGUGACUCAGACUUCGACAUUGGCUCUGACAAUCACGUGGACACAUUGUGUUUUAAUCCACUCCACGAAUUUGACCAUGUCGGGAAAGACAAGCUGGAUCAGAGCGCUGUGGUGGACUGGGCAUGGGACUGGCCAAUGCUGUUGCCCACCUAUCAGGGCAUGAGUCUGGUCACCUUCAGAACUCUUCUGGUCAACAGGUGGGAGAUGCAGGAAGGUGCCGAACUAGAGGAUGAUGAGAAAAUUAUGAUUGAGGAACUUAAGAAAGCCUAUGUUUUUAGUCACUGCGACAACCAGGAACCUCAGGAUGGUCCUGAAGCUGAGAGGACACAGCAAAUGCCAACACUUCAUCAGGAAAGGCAGCUAUCUGGUGAAAGUGCUGAAGGGUAACAGCGGUGUGGUUUAACUGCUGUGUGCAUGCACUGUGCAGCUUCAAUGGUCUGUGUGUGUGUGAGAGAGAGAGAGCGAGAGAGAGAGAGAGAAAGAACCAAAGCUAGGGGAUGAGAAAUUCACGAACCACAAAAAAGACUGAACGCGACAGUGCCUUCCUCUUCAUGCACAUGCCUAAGACAAACCCUGUGUGCUGCAUGAGAAGCAUUUCAUAUUUAUAUUUCAGGUUCCAGAAAUCAGUUCUGGCAAAUGAUAAGCCUGGAUUUGUUUGCCUGUGACAAGAUGGAACUUUGUGAUCACUGCACUCAGUUGACGCUUUUUUUUUAAACUAAAGAUGUUGGCGCCUGCAUACUUUUCCUCAUUCCUGAAAGAAAUCAUCAAAUGUGACAGUAAAGACAUGAGUCAGUGUAUGUUUUGAUUGCAAUGUGUCCAAAAAAUUGUGCAAACUGAGAAAUCAUUUACGUUUUGUUUGUUAUGUAAUUUUUUUUUCUCCACACUUGUCUAGAUUUUGUUAUUCAUGAGAUGGAGCUG